AACCUCCGUUGAUGCGAGAGUGAAAAUCCCGUCGUUGGAGCCUGAGUCCCGCCCUAGUCUCAGGAACGUCCCUUAAGCUGGGGAAAAUGCCAGAAUGGUCUAGGUUGGAAUUGAAUCUGAACUUGCUUUUGUGCUUUCAUGUUGCAUGCAUCGUAACGCGUUUGCAUAGUCCAGACGCUACUUGCGAGAGUUUAUACCUUGCAGGACGGCGUCCCGCACUUCGACCGACCCUCCAACGGAUAGAGGUUUCUAACUCGAGAAACCAACAUUUGCAACCUCCGACACCGCGACGCCCGUACAUCCAAAACACGAAUCCACCGUCCACAACUUGCGCCAAGUAUCUGGAACUACCAGCACUGCCGGUACUAGGAUCAUAGGCCUAUCAUAUCUGUCAAAAAAAAACGUAUGAUUUCGAUCAUCUUCAAAAGUCGCGGUGUCACCAUUGCCUACGAUGUCCAUUAACAUUAAGUAGCUAUAGCCUGCUAUCAUA